UAUAAAUACUCUCAUUUACCACCAUUUCAUUUCAAAAUAACCUCAACCAUCAUAUAUAAUUUUCUAUCUCACUUAAACUUCCAAACCCAAUACAACCAUCAGAUCGAAUUCAGAUUCGAUUCGAUCUGGUGGUUUGGGCGGUCUAAAUAACUCUUAAGAAGAACAACUACAAGAACUAGAACUUUUAACAGUAUCAUCAUCAAGAUGGACAAAGUGAUGAGGUUGGCAUCUGAAAAAGGUGUGGUGAUUUUCACAAAGAGUUCAUGUUGUCUAUGCUAUGCAGUUAACAUUCUGUUUCAAGAACUUGGGAUUAGGCCUAUGGUUCAUGAAAUUGAUCAAGACCCUGAAGGAAGGGAAAUGGAGAAAGCUUUGUUGAGGUUAGGUUGUACUGCACCUGUUCCUGCUGUGUUCAUUGGAGGGCAACUGAUGGGGUCCACCAAUGAAAUUAUGUCCCUUCACCUAAGUGGCUCACUCACUCAAUUGAUCAAGCCAUACCAAUCUCGUUCUAAUUGAAUCAUGAUACCUUCCUUGUUGCUGGAAGAAUAAACUGGCUUUGUGAUUUAGUACAUUACUAGUAGUGACUUUAGUAUUGUUAGUUUAUGUAGUGUUUUAUGUUUCAAGUGCUUUCUAGUAUUUAAAUAGCUAUAAUGUAAUCACAUAAAUAUUCUUAAUGAAGUUUGAUUUAUAUAUGAC